GUUGCGUAUUCAAAAAUAGGACUCGGACUGGGUAGACAUUGAAAUAGCCUCGAUUCCAAGGCGGUCUAAAAUCGAGGCAAGGGAGUACAAUGUCUAAGAAACUCAAGAUAGAUCUGGUGUGUAAAUGGACUGGAUGUUCUUCUGAGAGCACAAAGUUUGAGAAACCUGAGGACCUCUCACAGCAUGUUGACGAGAUCCAUCUUGGUCCAUGUGCCCAUAACGACUUGUUCUUCUGUCAGUGGGAAGGUUGUAAAGUCUACAAUAAGCCAUCGUUCUCGUACUCCUGGCUAAAGAGACACACCAAAGAGAAGCACACUAAAGAGCGACCUAACAAGUGUCUUAUGAACGGUUGCAACAUGUCCUUCAAUUCCGUUGACGCACUUCAGAGGCACAUGAUGAGGCACUUUGAGCGCACACCACCCGCCCCCGCAGUGAAGGCCGUCGUCCAAUCAGAUGCUCUGGAUGCCCUUCCACCCGUGCCCUCUCCUCGGAGUGAAGAGGGUGCUAUUAGUGACAGUGGAUCGUCUGCCAGUAGUACGCACAAAGGUGUACAUAGACCCAGGAAAAGACAUUCUCUGAAAGUGAGGAUCUCACGACGCCAUCUUUUCAGCUUCGUAAACAGUCAACACGAACCCAUUGCAUUUAACGGUGCCCAUUUCCAUGGCGAGGUGUUGGACCACAGAACAAUGGAUGUGAUCAAACAAACAGUCAAUGCUCUGGCAUACACAGACACACGCUCGGGACAGCCCACCACCUGCUUUACCUUAUAUGGUCAGGUGAUUGGUAGGAGGAAGAGAGCAGCUGCAGAGGCCGAAGUGUUGGUCAGAUGGAAACCACGAUUAAUCUCCGACUGUUGGGUCCCUGUGUGCAGUUACAACCAACAGAGGGUGGUCUCCACUAACGAGCUCUCUACGGGGCAACUAUCAUGUAUUGCCGAGAGCUGUUUCAGUGGCUCUGGUAGCAAGAAUAGAAAAAAUAAACGCAAACCUGGGAAUUAAUCACAGACCGAACGAUAAUAAUUAUUAGACAUAGUGACUAUAAAAAUAUCCUUGAAAAUAUUUUCAGCUUUCUUUUAAAUUUAUAUACAAUCAUGUUUUAUACAUAACAUUGUUUUUUCAAUAAUUAUUAUGCCUUGGUGCUUGUAACA